AAAUUCCAUCUGCUGUCUUUCUCUUUCUCUCUCUCCAACCCUUUCUCCUUCUUCCUGACCUGUAAAAAAAAAAAAAAAAAUCCCAAAUCGAAUUCCGCCAUUUCCAACGCCUUCCUCCCAAUCUUCCUCUCCUCAAAGACUCGAUUUUUCUCCUCUCCCCCUCGCGCGAAUUCAAAUCCGCGAGAGCUGCGGGGCGCCGCGCAUUUAGGGUUUCCCGUCGGUGCUUUUCCCGUUCCAGUUGGUGCGCGGCGGCGGCGGGGCGGCCGGAUUUUUCGUUUGGAUGCGGUGAGGCUAUUGCGCGGCGGAUUCGGGAACCUAGGGUUUUCUCGGGGCUUCGUCGGCGACGGAGAUGGCGGGCGAGUUGCAGAUGAGCCCUCAGAUGGAGCAGAUCCAUGGCGAGAUCAAGGACAACUUCCGGGCCCUCGCAAAUGGCUUCCAGAAGAUUGAUAAGGUCAAAGAUUCCAACCGACAAAGCAAACAAUUGGAGGAACUCACUGGGAAGAUGAGGGAGUGUAAAAGAUUAAUCAAAGAGUUCGAUCGAGAAAUUAAGGAUGAGGAGGGCAGAAAUCCACCAGAAGUAAAUAGGCAACUCAAUGAUGAGAAGCAAUCUUUGAUCAAAGAGCUAAACUCAUAUGUAGCAUUGAGAAAAACGUAUAUGAGUACUCUUGGUAAUAAGAAACUUGAACUUUUCGAUAUGGGAGCUGGAGUAAGUGAACCAACUGCUGAUGAAAAUGUCCAAGUGGCAUCAGCCAUGUCAAACCAACAACUUAUGGAUGCUGGAACGAAGCAAAUGGAUGAGACUGAUCAGGUCAUUGAGCGCUCAAAAAAGGUUGUUGAGCAAACUGUCGAAGUGGGAACACAGACUGCUGUCACCCUAAAGGGCCAAACCGAGCAAAUGGGCAGAAUUGUAAAUGAGCUUGACACAAUCCAGUUUUCUAUUAAAAAGGCUUCCCAACUUGUGAAGGAAAUCGGCAGACAGGUGGCGACAGACAAAUGUAUUAUGCUUUUCCUUUUACUUAUUGUCAUCGGCGUGAUAGCAAUUAUUGUGGUGAAGGUUGUGAACCCAAGCAACAAGAACAUCAGGGACAUUCCUGGACUGGCACCACCUGCUCCGGCAAGAAGGUUGUUGUCUCUCGGGGAUUUCGGAGAUGCUCAGUAAAUUCCUCAUAUUGGAGGGUAAAAGUUGCUGCAAAUCCCGUCACGGUGAAAGGAAUCUGCCGAAGCUGUUUGUGGGCAUGUAUAUUGUUUUUCCUUCUAAAUUUCCAUUCUUGCCUAACAUGCGUUAUUUUGCCUGCGAUUCUCUUUGUAUGUGUAAAUCAUUUGCGAGGCCUUUCUCUAUCGUUGCCGCUUUUUUUUUCGGUUUUCUUUGCAGAGUUUGUAUGGCAUGGUUCUUUUGCUUAUGUCCUGAGACCAUUGUAGACCGGCGGAAAUUACACAUUACACCAUCAUUGCCAUGUACAUGUAUUCGGCUAAAUGCCCUUUUGAGAAUAUAAUGCAUGUGUGUUUAAAAUUUCCUUUUC